CCAGGCACUCAAUGAUUGUACUCAGAAUGUCAAUUGCUGUGCAAAAAUGAGUCAGUCGUUUGCGGGUGAUCAAUACUCAGUACCUGGGGGAGUGGGCCGGCCCAGGCUAGCGACUCGGGAAGAUCAAAGUGUCCUCGACAAGGUGAAGAAAGAGUUUGUGAAGCUGUCCGGGAUAAACCCCAGCAGGUUUAAGGCCGUCCUCGUCAGUACUCAGGUGGUUGCCGGAAAGAAUUACUUUUUCAAGGUUGAAACCGGCGAUAACUCUUAUAUCCACAUUAAAGCCUUCGUACCGAUGCAUCAAAGAAGUGCGGAACCAUCUUUGGUGGCCUUCCAGCUGAAUAAAGAAAGGGAGGAGGACCUGGAAUAUUUUUAGGAUGGAGAUGAGAACGACGACCAUGGGCCAUCUCCCGGGUGACCCUUCUGUAGACAACUCUGCCCUGUGACCAGUACAAGAAAUAUUGAUGGGACUUUAGGGGGUAAACAUAUAGGGGGUGCCUGUAUAGAUUGGUAACACCAGCGCAAUUUAUAAAAAAAAAUGGCAAUUUUUAUUUUUAAUGUUUAAAAAAAAAAAAAACAUUCCUGAAAUGCACCAUUAAAAAGCCUUCACAAGGCUGUUGCUAAAUUA